AUAACCUUGGGACCUUCAAGUUAUCGACAGCCAACUAGAAUAUACUGGACACGUCAUGUCUACGACAUUGUAUCUUUUGAUGGCACCAUGGAGACUGUGGCCCCUACAUACGAGAACAGAAUCCUUCUGGACAGGAACUCUGCAGUACUCACCAUCAAACAGGCCACUUAUGAAGACAGUGGAAACUAUGACCAGGAAAUCACAGUCAACAAGAAGGUCUAUCACAAUGCGUAUAAAAUUGAGGUUAUAGACAAAGUAUCCAAACCCAACAUAAGUUGUGAGAUGAUUGACACAUACCAGGCGACGCUCGUGUGCUCAACAGAGUCCAAACAUUCUCCUUUAUUAAAGUUUAAGUGGAGAUCAGGUGGAAAUGAGCAAACUGGACCAAAUGUAACAAUAACUCUCAGGAAGUUUCUUAAUCAUCAAGUUUAUAUUUGUGAGGUCAGCAACCCUCUGACCAUUGAAAUGGCUACAUUCACUGCUAAGGACUGCUUAUCUGCCAAAUUAACUGUUGCUGAAAUGGUUGUCAUCAUCACUUCCAUCGUUGUGUUUAUUGGGCUCUGCAUCAUUUUGGGACUAUACAAAAAACGUCAAGAACUUGAAAGAGAGCAACUUAGAAGAAAAGAACGUGAAAGAGACCAAGGUAUAAGAGAAGAACUUGAAAGAGAGCAACUUAGAAGAAAAGAACGUGAAAGAGACCAAGGUAUAAGAGAAGACUGUUAUGCUGGGGAGGACAGUGUGAUGGAAGGAUUCAACUUCAAACAUCACAGGUGGUUACACACAUGUACGCCAUGGAAGUUCUGUUUUGCAGAUCUCAGAGAAUUAGGACAAUUCACAGGAAAAGAUUUGGACAAGAAGCUCAUACAGUUCUGCUUCCUCCACAUCAUCCAGGAUCAGCUGAAGGAGUUUGUUGGAAAAUUCAAUAGGAACAUACUCAGGUCACAACGUGAUGGACCAGCAGAGGACAAACUCCAAACUGUUCUCCCAGAGGAUAUUGAUGAGUGCAGGAGGAGGUGGUGUACCCCAAGAGAGCAGUACCCCUGUGAUGAAACACUCUUCAAGCACUGGGAGCUCAUUAGGACUGAAAAUGGUUGGAAAGCUCCAGUGGACAAAUUAACAGCUUUUAAUCUGUAUUUAAAAUUAAGAAAGAAGACUUAUGAAGAUGAUGAAGUUGUGAUGGAAACAUCUAUUGAUGAGGAAGAACAGGUGGCAGGUUUGUUAGAAUAAGGAAGUUAACCCACAUGAAUGAUUUUAUCAAAUGAUCCAUCCAUUUUCUACAGCUUGUCCUUCUCAUGGUUGCCGGAGGGCUGGAGGUGCGGGGGGGAAUAACCAAAUAUUAACAUUGCUAUAUGUAUACUUUACUAGUUCAUUAAAUGUGUGAAUAUAGAUUGUAAAACACUUUAUAGUUUUCAACUCUCAGUGAACACUUGAGUCAAAUUUCCAGGUCCCAUUUGCUUUUAUUUUGAAGUAACAUCCUGUUUCCUGGUGCAACUGGAAGCUGCUUUGCUGCUUUCUUGUUUUGUUCUGGUUUUGAUUUAUGUGGCACUGUGUUUUAUCGCAAAAAAACGUGCUUUUAUUUUGAAGUAACAUCCUGUUUUCUGGCGCAACUACAAGCUGCUUUGCUGACCUGUUGUUUUGUUCUAGUUUUGAUAUGCGGCACUGUUUUGGCGCACACUUUGUGCUUUUAUUUUGAAGUAACAUCCUGU